AUGCUUUCGUUUUUGGUGCAAGUCGCGACGCUUGCUUCGUUAGCUACUCUAUCUCUCGCAGAUGACACUCCUGUGAAUGACUUGAAGGCAUACAAUAAGGGAUUCCUCGGUCAAUUUCCCUCACAGGAAUUCAAGUCCUCGGAUGUAAUAGCCCCUGUCUUCCAAAUCAGUACCUUCAACCCCAAUCUUGUUGAUGAUUCGGGGUUUCUCUUCUUAACAAUGGAACAUGGCGACAAAUCGGGGCCUGCUAUCUUCUCCAGCCAAGAUCUCAGCCUUGUAUAUGCUGACAUCUCAUACGCCAAAACAUUUGAUGCUCGUGCUCAAGUGAAGAGCGGAGGCAAGUAUCUCACUUUCAUUGAGGGCGGCCGCUGUCAUGCCUUUGAUGCCAACUACCAGAAGAAAUGGACAGUCGAGAUCGAGGACCUGGGGACUACACAGGGCAGUAUCCAUGAGUUCGAGUUCACAACUCAGGGGGGCACGGCCCUGAUGACCGCUGUCCAGGAUGUCAGAUACAACUUGACUGCUCUUGGGGGUGAAAUGGAUGGUUGGCUGAGCGAUUCCAUCUUUCAAGAAGUCGAGCUCGAAACCAACAGGGUUACCAACGUGUGGAGGUCCUUCACACAUGUCAACCUGACCGACACCAUGGUCAACUACAGUCCCAAAAAGACGUUCAUGCAUGGUGAUGGCUUCGACUGGUUUCACAUAGACAGCGUUUCGAAGGCCUCGAAAGGUCAUUACCUGGUUUCAUCAAGGAGUCUAUCGGCGAUCAUCCUCCUCCAGGCGGAUAGCCUGAACCCACGAUGGGUCCUCGGGGGAAAGCGCAACCAAUUCAAGGACCUCAGUGGCGGCAACGCAACCAACUUCGCAAAUCAAUAUGACGCAAAGUUUGUCCAAGGCAAUGAGAGUCAAAUCAGUUUCUUCGAUAACCGAGCCACCACAAGCGGAUCAUGUAGCGGAGAAAAUUGUUCUCGUGGUGUUGUUGUGGAACUUGACUAUGAGGAAAUGACAGUCAGGCUUUUACAUGAAUUUUAUCAUCCUCAGAAGAUCUCCUCGGGUUCAGGGGGCAGCGUCCAGGGCCUUGACAAUGGCAACUUCCUUAUCGGCUGGGGGGCGAACCCAGGGAUUACAGAGCAUUCAUCCAAUGGCACGGUUGUCAUGGACAUCCAGCGAGGAGUUAUCCCCCAUGUGACUGACGGUGAUCCCGAUCUUGACAUGUCUGUGUAUCGCGCGUGGAAGAUGGAAUGGAUUGGCCGACCUCCAUGGGGUCCUUCCAUCGCUUCCGCGCUUCCAGGGAACGAGGCGACAAAUGCUACCAUCUACGUGUCCUGGAACGGCGAUACUCAGGUUUACCGAUGGGAAGUGUACGUUGGUGAAGAUGACAAGAACGCCACUUCUUCUCCAAGACUCCUCGCAAAUUCAUCUAGAUUUGGCUUUGAAACAGAAAUCCUAUUGGAAACAUUGCCACUUCCUAGAUCCGCACGGGCUGUUGGUUCUCUUAUAGAUCUUCAAGCUUACGAAAUGUCUGUGCCUAUGCGCCGUGUGCCCUUUGUAUGUCGGCGUUGCCUACAAGUCACUCGUCGACCCAGAACAUUGCCACCAGCUCAAUAUUCAACGCAAGCCGGUGCAUCCAAGGCGGAAGAUAAACAACAAGACAAAACUGCAAAGAAAGUCGAACAAGAGAGUGAUGGGAAUACAGUCGAGAAGGAACUUGGGCCUUUGGCUCGACGGUUGGAAGAAGCUACAGAGGAAGCCCUCUUUACCGGUGGAAGAGCCGGACGUAGGGCCGUUGAGGAUGCCGGUUUCUCGGAAGAGCUCAAGGAAAGACUGUUGAACAAAAUUGCAGACGCGACUUUUAAGUCUGAAAAUGCCCGCGCCUUUGCCGAGGCCAGUCUCUCGUCAACAGCAGCCGAGGGAACACGGCACAUCGCCUCCGCGCAGGCGUGGACAGGAGAAGAGAGCACUGCAGAUACGGUGCUUCGAAUGCUCGAUGAUGCAAAGAAACCACUCGCACCAGGCCUAAGGGGCAAGUUUCAACCUCCCCCGGUUGAUAUGCGACUACAGAAGCAACCGAGGCGAUCAGCUGGAGAGAAAGUAGCCAAAGCGAGGGACAAGGUGGACACCUAUGUCGGAAUGGGUGGCCAACAAGCCAAAAAUGGUAUGAGUGAAGAUGAAAAAGAGGCUUGGAGAAAAGAGUUGAGGGAGAGGUUCGAGCCUGGAGCCCGAGCGUUGCCAAACUCCAUCACGGGUCUUGCAGCACUGGCGAAUGAACGCAUCGAGAACGCUAUUGCAAGAGGACAGUUCAAGAAUAUUCCCCGAGGAAAGGGAGUCGAGCGUGAUACUCGCGCUGAUAACCCCUUUAUCGACACGACGGAGUAUAUCAUGAACAAAAUGAUUCAAAGACAGGAUAUUGUUCCACCCUGGAUAGAGAAACAGCAGGAGCUUGCCAAAGAGCUAGGCAUCUUUAGAGCUCGACUACGGAAUGACUGGCGACGCUUUGCAGCGAGGAUGAUUGCUUCACGGGGAGGAUCGUUGCAGGAGCAGAUUAGCAGAGCAGAAGAAUACGCUGCAGCAGAAGAGGUGCACAACCCAAUCAUACGGAAGAACGCUGAUGGACAGGUGGAAGAGAUCAAGGCUGCCUCGCCGGUUGUUGGGCGACCGUUUCGAGAUUCAGCGUGGGAGCAAACCGAAGCGGCAUAUCUCAAGCUGUCGAUUGAGCGUCUCAAUGCCCUGACACGAAGCUAUAACCUGAUGGCGCCGGAUCUAGCAAAGAAGCCGUACUUUUCACUCGAGCGAGAACUUAAAGCCUGUUUUGCCGAAGUUGCGCCUACAGUGGCUCGAGAGAUUCAGGAGCGUGCUACGGGCGGAAAAGCGAGGAGUCUGGGAGGCGGGGGCCAGGCGGGCAAACAGACGGGUUUGUUAGAGAAGCUGACUGGAGGCGGCGACGUCAAGGUCCACGUCGAAGCACAGGAGAAAGCAUAUGGGUUAAAGGAGUGGUGGAGAGAUGCGUGGAAAAAGAAUGGAGGUCAAUAG